AUGUCUCCUCUCUCCGUCCCCAAAAUCUUCAUGGCUGGUGGCGCCGCAGGUUUCGGCUACUACCUGUACAUGCGCCAAUUCUGGUUCCCGAACCCGUACAAGACGCAAGGCGUGCAGAACAUCGAGGACCGCUUCUCCGCUGGCGGCGGCAAUCCCACACACACACCAGCCAUGGCUACAGAACGCGGAAGCACGACAAACAACGAGGGCAGGCAACAACACGCCAACAAGGGCCCGGAUUCGGACCACUUCAAGGACAACCACUCGAGUCAGCAGAGUGAAGCUGUCUGGCCCGCCAAGUUCAACGAGAUGCAAUACAACAAUCCCAAGGGCAAAUAA